AAAUUGAAUUAUCAUCUAGGGUUAGGGUUUCGCCGCAAUCUCCGUCAAUCGCAACCGGAAAAACAAUCAAUUGAAUCAAAAUAUUCACCGGAAAACAUUCAAUCAGAGAUGUCGAAGAAGAACAACUUAUCUCUUAGAAAAAAGCAGUACGAAUUCGAGCUUCGAAGAGAAAAAGAAGAGAGAGAUAAGAAGGCAAAGAAGCUGGAAGCUAAGAAGAACAAGAUGAAGGUUGAUGGAAGUGCAAGCAAGAACAAGAAGAAGGGUAGUGGUGGAUUUGCAGUAGGGAAGAAGAAAGUAAAGACCAGAAUGACACCAUUGGCUAAAGCUAAAGCUGCUCAAGCAAUGGAACUUGAUAAUUGAUGUCAAAGAAAAGAAAACGCUUUGCUUUUCUUUUCGAUAAGGAAUGAGCUUAAAUUGUAAUAGCAUUUUUAAAGCUUGAGUUGGGGUUUCCUAAAUUUUCUAAUCUUAUUGGGCUCAUUUAUAGAUGUUUUCUACAA